AUGAGCAGUUAUGAAACGGCGGUUGCCGAUGCGCUGGAUGACUACCAUAAAAACGAGUAUCGCUUCCGUGUCAAAACAAUGAAGCCUUACUAUAACAACAGCGGCUUUCUCCAUGCAUUAAGCAGCAGUAUCCGGCCUUAUCUAAACAGCAGUUAUGAUCAUGUACUGUUCAGCUAUCAUGGCAUACCGGAACGCCAUGUGCGCAAGAGCGAUCCUACCGGCAGCCAUUGUCUGCAAUCGGCAGAUUGUUGCACUACUGCGUCCACGGCUCAUGCAACCUGUUAUCGUCAUCAGUGUUUUUACACGACUACAAUGGUCGCCCGGCAGCUUGACUUAAAGGAAGGCAGUUUUAGCUCUUCGUUCCAGUCGAGGUUGGGACGUGAUCCCUGGCUGCAACCUUAUACGGCGCCGCUGUUAUCCACACUACCCGGAAAGGGUAUUAAAAAACUGGUAGUUAUCUGUCCUGCUUUUUCAGCCGACUGCCUGGAGACGCUGGAAGAAAUGGAUGUAGAAGGCAAACAGCUUUUCCUGGAUGCGGGCGGAGCAUCAUUUACCCGUGUGCCUUGUCUUAAUACCCACGAUCUUUGGGUAGAUACCAUCUAUGGCUGGAUACAGGACAUCAGGUCCGGCAAUCAGGAGCUGAUCGCUUAA